GGAACUAACCAAUAAAAACGCGUUGGUUACGUAAUUCAUGCAUAGUAUAUGAGCGCAAAAUAAAAGAUUGAGCACUGUGUGGACCUUCCAACAUAAAUCUUAGCAUCUUUCUUUGCUCCUUUGAUGUUUACUGGGCUUCAUAACCAGUCCCCUCUAUUAACUGUGGCUUGACAGCCUGCCAUUUUAUCACAUUUCUCCGCCCGUGUAGUCCGCUAAACAACGCGGGUAAACUUGUGUAGUAAGCAGAGAGUGGGCUAAACGCUUAACUGACGUCAUCUCUUAUCCCUUAAAAAGGUAAUGCUUACCUUUAGUUUUUAUUACAAAACUACUCGAAAGUAAUGAACUCAGUUUGAUUUUAGCUAGAAUCUCAGUCACUGGACAUUCAAUUACUGGCUCAAACCUAACCACAGUUCCUCUUAUAUCUUUCUACAGGAUGUUGACAUCUAAAGUUUUUCUCUUGCGAAAUCACUCGCGCCAAGAAACCUCUUCUGUCUUAUGCUGGAUCACGCAAAAACGGUCUCUUGUUUCAAAGCCUCAAGUUGCUGAAAAGCAUUCCUAUUUUACGCCCCUUCCUCACGAAGACCUAGCACUUCAAUUUAAACAUCGCCUCGCUGGAAGAAAAUAUUUGCCAGGUUCCAAAGGAGAAAGCUUCCCAGAAUUUCUGGCGCCCGCUCGAAAAGGCUUCCCAUACGCCUUGCGGGCCGAUCCCGUCAGUCACGUGAGCGUAGAGAAAUGGGGCCAACUUUGCCGUGAACAGCUGGACAGAGCUAUUCCAGAAUACAACGCGGUCCUUUUUCGCAAUCUUCCCUUGUUUGAAGCCGGGGAUUUUGCAAAGUUCACAUCGAGUCUUGGCUACAAACCAACGAGUUACGAAGGCGGAACAGGAAACAGAUAUCUGGCGGAAGGAGAAACCGAGGUGUAUUUAUCCACCAGUGACCCCCCGGAUUUCAAUAUCGAGUUACAUAAUGAGAUGGCAUGUUCACCUGUUUAUCCCAAGAAGAUUGUGUUCUUUUGCCUCACUGAGCCAAAUGAAGAAUGGGGUGGGGUAACUCCGCUGGUCAGAAAUUGUGAAGUAUUCGCUCAACUUGAUCCCGAGGUUUUAAAGAAACUUGAGGAAAGGAAGAUCCGCUACACACGAUAUUUACCUGACGAAAAACACAAACCUUAUGCAUCAUGGCAGCAGUCGUUCAUGACUAAAGACCCAAAGAAAGUGGAGGAGUUUUUACAACGAGAAAAGUUCAACUAUGAAUGGGAGAAGGACACCGGAAAUCUUUACUACUGGUACACACUUCCGCCAUUGGCUACUCAUCCAAUCACAGGCCGCAAAAUUUGGUUCACGCAACCAAACGUGCAUCACAACACAUAUUACAAGGAAUCACCCAUGUUUGAUGACGUCACGAUUCCUGACCACAUGUACCCAACUCACACAACUUACGGCGACGGAAGUGAAAUCGACCCGGAAGUCAUUGAGCACAUCCGGGCAACAGGAUGGAGGAAUGCGGUUGGAUUUCCUUGGCGGAAAAGAGAUGUCUUGGUGUUGGACAACUUAGCUGUCCAGCAUGGCCGACUGAGUUUUAAAGGAGACAGGCAAAUUUUGGCCUACUUGACAGCCGAAUAAGUUUAGUGUUGAACUGCGCGCACGAGUUGUACGUAGUCACGAUAUAUAUAAUCUAUUUCCUCCCCAUAAUUUGCCGCCAUUCUCUAUUUUCCAAUUGCCAUAAUUCACUUUGUUUGCCCCCCUCUUGGGAGGUGUGCAUAUUCCCAAGAGCAUUUCACAACAAUAGUUUAUGCAAAAUUU